AAGCUGUCCCAUUCCUCACAGUAACGACUGGGAAAUCCUAUUCAGCUUGGAACACUGUUUUCUCCUUAUAACAGAUUUAUGCUCUUAAAAUCUAAUUGGUAGUCCAUGCAGUUGUAGCACGUUGGUAGUAAACACUCUUCCUGGCCUGUUUUAGUGGUAAACAAGGUAUGUUAUGGAAUGUAGGCUAUGGCUCACAGAUUUUCUAGAGGGUUAAAAAGAAACAGAACAGAAUAAUGUAAAACAGUAAUGACCUCAGCAAAGAUGCUCACUUUGAAUUUGUUUUUCAGAACAACAUGCCUGUAGUGUGCACACAAUGACUCCAGUUGUGUGGGAACAUUCACAACAACCAAGUGAUCCUACAACAUUAUUGCUUUUGCUUCCUUCACAAUAACAGAGCAUUUUAACGUGAAUUCAGACAAUGAAUGUCCCUUCAAACUGAGUCAGUCUACUUCAUGAAUGCAUGACCCCUCCCUCCCUCUAUAUAUUCAAGUGAUGGCUGCACAGAGGGAGGUAGCAGAAACUUCUCUCCGCCCACUGGCACUUGCUCCUGUUGCGGGUUUUCAUACCAGCUGCAUUGUCACGGGAAACCUUAAACUAUCUGUCCCAGCCACCGCGAUGGGACGAGGUCUGCUGUGUGUCUGUCUGCUGUUAUUCGCUCUUUUCAAAGAAACAUGUGGGUUUAAAGUCCAGAACAAGCUGCUGGGGAAAUGCCUGCAGGUGCAAGAAGGAAGCUUUGGAGGUAGAGUGUCUCUGGGUGAUUGCAGCCCAUAUUCAGCCGUACAGGAAUGGCGGUGGCUCCCAGAGAGUCAGGCUCUCAGGAGUCACCGCACUGGGGAGUGUUUGACUGCCCCCGCAGAGCAGUACGAAGGUGUCCAUCUGCAGUCCUGCAUCUUUCAUGCUGAAAGAGAGGAGACUGGAGAUGAAGUGCCAGUGGUGGAAAUGGACAGAGAGGCAAGGAGCCAAUCAUGGUCCUGUUCCAAGAAAGGACACAUAACUCUGACAGGGCGGGGACUACACCUUAGUGCCACACAAGAAUCUACUUUGGUCUUCCUUUCAAGGGAACAUAAGCAGCAGGGCAGCAGAUGGCGGACUCUUGACAACCAGACAUUGUGCAAUGGGAGAGAGAGCAAACCUAACCACCACCAAACUCUCCAUCAUCAAGAGAAAUCUUCAGAGCCAGGAAUUUCUUCAAGUGCUGUGUCUGAUAUACAACAGGAGGCUGAACCAGUUGAAGGUAUACCAGGCACUGAGGUUACAGAAACACAUUCUGCAAAAGAGGACCCUGUUUCUUUCCAGAGCACCAAAUCUCCUGCAGAUCCCACCAUGAUCUUCUUCAGCAUGGACUAUGGCAUGGGCUGGAAGAUAACCAUGUUGGUACUCAGCUCUUUGGCUCUGGUCCUUGGGGCUGUGAUUCUUAUCCUCAAUGUUUACUCCAAUAGCAGAAGGAAGAAGGUGGUGUGUGUUCUGAAGUCAUACACUCCUCGGCCAGAGAUGAGUGUACCUCGAUCCCCUGUGCCCAAUGAAAGAGCCCCGCUGACAGAGCACGCCAUGUGUCUCCCGCACUCCACCCCCACUUUACAGCGAGGAGAAAUCCUGAUUCAGUGGAAGGACGGCACUGUAACUCCACUGUACGAGGCCUGAAGGUUUUGUAAAUUUCAAUGUGUUUUAAGUUGUGCAAACAUGCAUGCUCUCUUGUGUCGGUUUGUAUGUGUGUAUGGGUCAUGCACAAACGCUCCUGAAUGUGUUUCAAUGAGAGUCUGUGGGGAAGUGGAAAAGGUGAAAAACAAAAGGCAGAAUAAGGUUAUGUUUUGUUUAGUUUCAGACUCUUUUCAUCAGUGUUACCAAGCUGUUUCAUUAAAUGGAAAUUUCAUGGAUCAGUAUUGCAACCGUGUCAGUGAGGCUUAGCUGCCACAGGAAGAUAUAAGCUGUCAUGAAGCUGCCAGAAAAGAAAAGACGAGCAAAAGCUGGACUUUCAGUUUUUUAAUAAUACUGAGUCCUGACUUCUGCUGUUGGAGAUUCGAGGGAUUGCUUGUUGGUUUCUAAAAUUAUGGGUAAGCAUUCAGAAAGUGUUUGACUUACUCAAAGUGUCAUUUAAGGGCUUAACAAAGCAUCAAAUAUGUUAGGCCUUUACUUGGAUAAAUACUUGGGAAAACUUAUCUUUGUUUGCCAAGGCCUCAACUGAGAUGUGUUCUACCUUCAUGUCGGACGCUUUGUGCUGUGGUUUUGAAUGAGGUUAAUAUGCUUGACAUCGAGGAUUUGGAAAGGCGGCAUAGUAAUUCUUAACAGAUUGUUGAAUUGUCACUAAACAUCGUACUUCUUUCUUUACAUACUAUAUUAAUAACAAAAGCACAAUUGACAAGCAUCACACCUUGACCCCAGAGAAGCACACCUUUCAUAAUAGGAUAUGUAUAAUAACCUGUGUGUAUUAACUAGGUGAACUUGGGGAAAGUUUAUUUCUUAACAGACUUUACUGUUAUGCCUACAUGCAUUAUCAUAACUAUUUAGUUAAUAUUUUUUUAAAGAAAGAAAUCUUUCCCAAGCUUUGUAUGUUUUGUUAUCAGUCUAACAGUAUUACAUUUGAAAUGCACUUUGCUUUGAUAUUGACAGUAUAGCCGUUUUCACAUAUGCACUCCAGAUAAUUUCAGGAGGAGCGCUCUGGAUAUUUUUCUGACCUGGCUGUUCACACAUGCAUCUCACAGUGGUAGACGAUCCCUGUCAGACACGAGGGGGGGCAGGGGGGUCCUCUUAGGUAAGACGUGACGUAAAAAAAAAAGACACGGAAGUAGAAGCAAUGAGAAUAUUUGCCUUUAUAUCAAUGCUAUGUGUGGUUCAAUGGAAUCACAAUAUUAACGGAGAACACCAUACUGAUGAACAGAAAAAAAUAUGCAGCCAUUUAAUGACGUGCACAGAGAUCGUAGCGGUUGCGUGUAUAAGCUCUUUGCACCAUGCAGCAGUCACUGUAGAAACGUCACUCCCCGCUCCCAUUGGCUCGAGGUAAAUUCUCUGGAAAAUAUCCUGACUCACUCAGACUUGCUGUGGAAAAAUACUAGGGGUCUGUCAGGAGACACUCUGGGUGAAGUCUCAGCGAAAAAUUAGAUUCUUGGCGUUCACACAUACAGCUCCUUCUGCGAUUAUCAGGAGAUUUUCAGGAGUUUUCUACUACAAUUGUGAAAGCCCUGUAGUAUAGAAUGUUGAAUAUCAUGAUUAUAAUACUGACUUGAACUUGACUGUUUAUUUACAACCUUUGUAUAAAAUUUGACUUAACAAUAUCCACUGGGGUCCAUUAUUAGAAACACUUUACUGACUUGUUAUUCAGGUCAUAUGAUGCUUCUUAGAGCUUAACAUUUUCUGUUCUUUGAAUCUGCAUGAUAACCUUGUAGAGAGCAUAUAUGUGGUAUAUUUUUUAGUUUCCUAACAAAAGUAUUUUUUUUACAUUGAAUCAGCUAAUAAAAGAGAUUUACAUAA